AUGGCCGACCAACCUGCAGCAGCUCCCGCGGGGAAACCUGCCUCCAAGCCCCAGAAGAAGAGAGGGACCCCCCGCACCAAAAGGGACGGACUCUCCAUCCCGAAGCUCAUCAUCACCGUGGUGUCCGAGGCCAAGGACGGGAAGCGGGUGUCUGUGUUCGCCAUCAAGAAGGGUCUGGCGAAGAAAGGCGUCGACGUGUUGAAGCACAACAAGCAGAUCAACCACGUGCUGCGGAGGCUCGUGCUCAAAGGGUUACUGAAGCAGGUGAAGGGGAAGGGCGCUUCCGGCUCCGUCAAGCUCGUCAAGACCCAGGUCAAAGUCCCCAAACCGAAGAAGAAGAAGAAGAAGGUGGCGGUGAAGAAGAAGAAGACGACUAGCACCAAGGGGUCACCAACCAAGAAACCCAGAAAGAGGUCGCCAUCAAAGAAAAGGACACCGGUGAAGAAAGUGGCCAAGAAGAAGGAGACGAAGGCAAAGAGCCCCAAGAAAACCAAGGCCACCAAAUCUGCUGCCAGAAAGGUAAAGAAACCUGCUCCCAAGAGAACUCCUGCAAAGAAACCUGCUCCAAAGGAAACAGCAAAGAAACCUGCUCCAAAGGAAACAGCAAAGAAAGGAGGAAAGAAAACUGCAGCAAAGAAAACAGGAGGAAGGAAAUCUGCAGGAAAGAAGUAAAGUGGAUCUUUAACCCGCACUCAGUGCAACAAAAGGCUCUUUUAAGAGCCACCACAUGUUCUACAGAACUUGUUGUUCCUCUGUGACAUCAUGAUAUCCACAAAUCUCACUCAGAGAGACCAUAAAUGCUUUUAAAUUAAUAAUGUCAGAAUGUUGCGAGACACUUAAUAAACACAUAUAUUCAUAUUAUUAUACUGUAUAAUAUAAUGUCUCCUCCUGCUGCUGUAUCAAAGCACAGUCCAUCCUCCUGUACUGUUCCACCUGCGUCUUCAACAUGUUAGCUGUUAAAACAAGGCCAAACUCACAGCUUCCAGAAUAAUUGGUCUCCCCACACCAAACCUCACAGAUUUAACCAACAGGGCCGUAACACAUACUGCAUCACCACACAUCCACUGAACACCCACCUCACACCUCAGGGAAAAGGCUGAUCCCUGCUGUCAUGGCCGCCCUGAACAAAAGGCCUCGCUGAACAGGCCAGAGUGUGGACUCUGUUUUGUUUGUCUGU